GUUUGGAAGGAGUAGAAUUAGGUUUGGAAGGAGUAGAACUAGGUUUAAGAGUUGAAGUUGUUGGAGUUGGAGGGGGAGUUGGAGGGGGAAUUGGAGGGGAAGUUGGAGGGGGAGUUGGAGGGGGAGUUGGAGCAGUUGAAGUGCCACAGGACGGAUCAGUGCUUCCACAGCAUGGAUCGCUGCUUCCACAGCACGGGUCAGCGUUUCCACAGCACGGAUCGGUGCUUCCACAACACGGAUCGGUGCUUCCACAGCACGGGUCAGCGUUUCCACAGCAUGGAUCAGGGUUUCCACAACAAGGGUCAGCGCUUCCACAACAAGGAUCAGGGUUAUUACAGCACGGAUCUCCACAGCAUGGAUCAUUACUUCCACAACAAGGGUCGGUACUAUUACAGCACGGAUCUCCACAGCAUGGAUCAUUACUUCCACAACAAGGGUCGGUACUAUUACAGCAGGGAUCUCCACAGCACGGGUCUCCACAGCACGGAUCAUUACAACAAGGGUCAGGACUAUUACAGCACGGAUCAGCGCUUCCACAACAAGGAUCAGGGUUAUUACAGCACGGAUCUCCACAGCAUGGGUCUCCACAGCACGGAUCAUUACUUCCACAGCAAGGAUCAUUACUUCCACAGCACGGGUCAGUGCUUCCACAGCAAGGAUCAUUACUUCCACAGCACGGGUCAGUGCUUCCACAGCACGGGUCAGCGCUUCCACAACACGGGUCAGCGCUUCCACAACACGGAUCACUGGGGUCACAUGCUCUGUAA